AUGAAGAUGGGACGACGAUGGGCAGGGACGGCGAUGCUAUGGCUGCAUUGGAACAUAGCAGGACUGACUCACUCCGAGUGCUAUGUGCAUCAGGCCAGCUGCUUCGUAUCUUCAGGAGUAGCGACCUGUGCCGGGCGAUCAAAGUUUGUCAGCCUCAAUCCGAAGCUCUCAGGAGGAGGAUCACUAUACCUACAGAAGGUGAAGGGGCUCGGAUGCAGCCAGUCAAGAGCGUCUUGUCGGGGUCUCUUAGUCUUGUCCCUUGCUCUCAGCUCGAACGAGACCGACUCUGUCCUGUUGGCUCCUCAGAACGAGGGCAUACAGCAAGCUAAGAGCCGAUCCCCUGAGUCAUGGCCUAGUGGAGGAAAGAAACCGCUGUUCCGAGCGAGACGUCGGAAGAGCCAACGGCAAGAGAUUCCCAAGUAUGGCAAAGCGAUGAUCGUAUCGCCCUCGCAAGAGGCAACGGGAGUAGUCAUCUGGCUUGAUGGACUCGACUAUGGUGAUGGGCCAGCGAGGUGGUCAAAGCGUCUCAAAAGGCUGGGUCUGGACUGGUGUAGACUUGUCUUGCCGUCGGGCUACGUGGAAGGAGAGGAGAAGAAGAGUUUCUGGAAGCGGGAGCGAAGAGCAUGGUUCGACGAGACCAGUGACGAAGGCCUGUAUUCAACCUUGCAGUACAUUCAAACGUUGGUUUCGGUUGAGAUGAAGAAAGGAAUCCCCUCAGAUCGCAUCAUGAUCGGCGGGUUGGGACAAGGAGCCACGGUCGCCAUGCUGGCCGGCAUGCUGCUGUCUGCGAGGCUAGCUGGGGUCAUUUGUAUUGGAGGGCAAAUACCUGAGACGAUCGCGGGCCUUCCAUCAGCAGAGUCUUUCUCCACUCCAUUCUUCUUCUUCCGCUCCCCCGAUGACUUUCUAGCGCAAGAAGCCUAUGAAACUCUGAGUCACCUGGGAAUGAGAACUGAGGUUUUCCCUCCCGACUUCCAAACGGGCGGCUUCCGAAUGAGCUUGUCGCGGUGGACCCGGCGGUGGAGGCCCUGGGGGUCGAGAUGCCGAGAGGCUGUCGAGGACUUCGUGCUGAGAGCGCUUCCUGAAGAUGUUGAGGCCAUCCCAGAGAUUGACCUGAUGCUGCAAGACGGGAAGGCAAGGGCAGGAUCAGGUUCCAACCAAGGGAUUGGUCUUGCUCGGUUCCAGCGCUUUGUUCCUCUGUGGCAACUGCGCCCAGCAGACAUCAAAGACAUGUCUCUGGUGUGCAUGCAGUACCAUGGGAUACGGUACGAUGAUGUCAGCAAUGAGCGCGAAGCACGGGAAAGGCUGUUUGCAGCUGCAAAACUUGCUGGCAUGAAGAGAAACAAUGCAAGGGCUGAGAAAGAUUUCUCGGUUGGAACUGACGGGUAUGAUGACGGGGAGGCCGAGGGGUAUCAAGACCCCUCUCGGGUAGUUCAGAACAUCGCAGAUCGAGCAUGGUUUAUGGGCAAGGACAUCGCUCAAGGUCUCGGAUCUGCGGUGCAGGACGAGGAGAUCCGUCGCGACAUCUUUCAGAAGGCGUGGAACGCAGGAGCGACAGCCGCAAAGUUUGCCACAGAAGCAGCAACUGAUGAGGAUGCGAGAUCGAGGGCAGCGGAGUCUUUCGUGAGAGCUGGGAAGUCAGCUGCGGACUACGCACGUGCUAGCUUCUCCAACCCCGAGGCGGCAAGGAAGAUCGCUGAGACGGCGUGGGAGGCAGGACGAGCUGCGGCUGAUUACGUGCAGACAACAGGGAGAGAUGACAACGUCUCCUUCCUCUCAGCAGAGGAAUGGUAUGACCGAUACAAUCGCACAGGGUCUGCUGAUGUGUAUGGAGAGUCCGUCGACUACUCCCUCGAGGAGGAGCGACAGCCUCGAGGAGUACAAGAAAACAUCUACUACAAAGACGACCCGCUUGGCACUGACGAUUACCGCACUGCCGUCGACUCCGCCGCGAUGGGCAUCGGAGAUGCAGCGAGGAAAGGCGUAGGAUGGAUCAACAGCAUCUUCCAGGACCCUUCAGACUUGCCGGGUGCUGGUCGAGGCUUCGAUCAGCAGCAAAUCCCUCGGCAGCCUCCGCCCCGUCCUUAUCAACCCCCCCGAACUGUUACCUAUCCUACUCAGAGUUAUUCCACUCCGGACAGCACGCAAUUCAGCUUCCGUCAAGACCCCGUCUCUUCCUCCAUUCGCACGGACAUAGCAGCAUCUGGCAGCCGAUCCUGGCCUCGUCCAGCGCCUGAUCCCUUGCAGGAGCGCAAGUCUGGGGACCAGGCGAUACCAGGAUCUGGGCCCUUGCUCUGCUUCAACUUUAAGAUCUUUGGUAUGAUUGAGCAGCGGAGUUUCGGGGCUGCUAUCGCGUACAAGGCAAGCGAGCUAGGAAUCAGCGGGUCAUGCACCAUGACAGGAGGGGAGGUGGAAGGGAAGGUGGAAGGGAAGUUUGAGCAGGCGGAGAAGUUCAUCCAGUGGCUGUGCUCCGUCGGAGCUCCAGGGAGCGUGAUAGAGGGAGCAAUCAUUGAGAACCAAACUCGGGGAGAACAACGCCAAUUUCAAAGCUUCGAUCUCUCAAACUCUUGA